AUAUUUCUGUGUUAUAACAAGAUAUUAAGAUGUAAAAUAAGCAAUAUCGUGUUUUAAUGAGUGCUAGAAAUAUACAAGUAGGAUGCAAGACAGUAGAGCCGCGCGCCGACACUGGCCGCGCCGGCUCCCGCCGCCGGCACUCGCGCUCGUGCUCCGGCCGCGCCGCGUCGUGUCGCGCGUCGCUCCUGCUGCUCGAGCAACAUCGCGCGCGACUACUUCUACUUCGUAAACAAUCACUCGUGUUGUGCUUGCAGUGCGUUGUGUCAGUUACUUGUGUGCACCAUGUCGCAGCCAACUGUUGGAUUAGAUCGAGUCUAACGAAGUGGCGCCGGACGCAGCGAGCAGCGCGGUGCCUCUGGGGGCGGUGGGGGGCGGCGGGGGCGCGGGGGCGCGGGAUGUUGCUGCCGGCGCUGGCGGCGCUGUGCUGUCUCUGCGUGGCGGGCGUGGUGCGCGGGGAGCUGGGGAUGCUGGCGCCGGCGCUAGUGCAGGAGCCGGCGCCGCGCGUACUGUACGCAGCGCGCGCCGGCACCGCGCUGCACUGCGGCGCGCGCGGGGACCCUCCGCCGCGCGUCUCCUGGCUGGCGGAUGACGGCUCCGUCCUGCACGAGCAGCCCGGCCUCAGAAGAAUAUACAGUAAUGGAACGCUGGAGAUGUUGCCGUCGAGCGCGUACGAGGUGACGUCGAGCACGGUGCGGUGCCGCGCCGCCAACGUGCACGGCACGGCAGUCUCACGUGACGUCACACUCGUCCCAGUUCCAGACGAGAGUUGGGAGGCGGUGGCGAAUGCGGGCGCGGCGACGGCAGGCGGCGUGGCCGCCGUGACGUGCGGCAGCGCGGGGGCGCGGGACCCGGAGCACGUGCGCGCCGCGCUCUGGUACCACGGCGACACCGUGCUGCACCUCGACCCGCCUUCGCAAGGUUCGCGGUACCUAGUGGCGGGCAACACACUGCUGAUCCGAGACGUGAGCCCCAGCGACGCCGGCGCGUACAGCUGCCUCGCGCGGCACGCCGUCACCGGCGCCACGCGGCGCGCGCGCCCCGCGCUGCUGGCCGUCACAGCGGGCGGCGCCAGCUCCGCGCCGCGGCUGCUGGCGACGGGCGGCGAGCUCAGCGUGCAGGCCGGCCACCCGGUGUGUCUGCCUUGCGUCGCGUCUGACCAUCCUCCACCACAAUACACGUGGUACCGCGAGCGGGAGGGCCGGCUGCAGCCCGUGCCGGCGGCGGCCGAGGGCUGGGCGUGGGCGGGCGGCGCGGCGCAGUGCGUGCGGCGCGCCGCGCUGGCCGCGGCCGGCCUCUGGAUCUGCAAGGCGUACAACGUGUUCGGGGACGCCACCGCGCACACCACGCUGCACGUGCACGAUGACUCGCUCAGCGUCGUCGUCGCGCCCACCGUGCUGGUCGCGGACGCCGGCAGCACGGCGCGCUUCAACUGCAGCGCGUCCGACCCGCGCGCCUCGCUGGCCUGGCUGCACAACGGCGCCCCGGUCGGCGCGGCCGGGGGCGCGGCGGGGGCGCGGCCGGGGGCGCGGUGCUAGUGCUGCGCGGCGUGGCGCGCGCGCACCGCGGCGUCUACCAGUGCGUGGCGCGCCGCGCCUCACACUCCGCGCAAGCUGCGGCCGAGCUGCGCC